UUAUUUAGGAAAUAUCAACCGCGCAGAUAGGCUCAAUAAUACCACAUUCGCCGUUGAGACACUAUAGAAGAUUGGAAAGGUAUAAUAUAAUGGCCCGGAGGCUGUGUUCCCGCCUACCCUCUCUCAGCACCCUCGCAAAAACCCAACUCCAAAACCACGUCGUUUCUGUUUGUCCCCCAACACAGAUAUAUUCUUCUAAUCUCAUUUCCCAAUCUCCACACCUUCUUCCUCGCUCCAAUCCAAUUUUCCAAGAGUUCCGCGAGGAGUGGGCCCGCCAGAUGGAAGACGACGAGGACCACCUCUGGACCGCCAGCGAGGACGACGAAAACGACCCCAACUCCAACCCCAACAUCCAACUCAAGAAAGACAUAAAAAAGGCCAAGCAACGGGCCCGUGCCCGUUCCGACCCCGGAGUCGACGCCGACGACAGCGACGAGCUCCGCAGCAUCUGGUCCUCCGACGCCGACAGCGACGACGAGAAAUCCCUAUGGACCGGCGACGAGGGCGACGACGAGGCCGACGUCCCUACCGAUCCCAUCCCCAACGAGCGCAGCGACGAGUACAUCGACCGGCUUUUCGAGUUCGACGAGAAGCCCAAGCACCGGACGCUGGCCCAGGCGAUGAGAGACGAAGAUAAUACGGAGGAGGAGGAGAUGUCUCCAGGUAAGCGCGCGCGCAAGCUGGCGGUGCAGAGUGCGCUGAGGAAGCUGAGAAAGGGGCCGGACGGGCGGUAUGUGAAUGUGUGGGAGGUGAUGAGCGAUUUGGAUGUUUUGAUUGGGGCGUUUGAGAAUAUCGUGUCAGGGCCGGAGUACGAGGAGUUGAGGAAGGGUGGGCCGAAGAAGCUGAACAUGGAGUUUUUUAAGGAAGUGCAGGCAAAGAUGAGGGAUCCGAAUUACGAGUUUUCGCCGGAGUUGAAACUGAGGCCUAAGGGCAAGGUGGUACUGAGGAGGAAGUGGGAGAAGGCGCAGUCAAGGAGGCGUAAGGCGCAGAGGAGUUUGGUGUAA